AUGCUGCAGUGCACGCUGGCUGCAGAAGGGGUACACAUUACUGCAAGCUUCGACUCGCGUGUGGUAGAGCGAUGGCUAGUCGAGAAGAUACUGGGCCAGUUCACCUUCGUCAUGCAACAGCUGGCUGGAGCAAGACCAGAGGACAAGGUGGAAGACAUCGAAACCCUUACGCCCGAUGAUAAACAAGAGAUAUGGACAUGUAACGCCGAGACCCCCCCAACGGUUGAACGUUGUCUCCACGACCUGUUCGUCGAGCAAGCCAUGGCACGGCCAUCUGCGCGGGCCAUCUGCGCGUGGGAUGGCGAGAUGACGUACAGCAAGCUAGAUGAGUUGUCAAGCAAGCUAGCAGGCCAUCUAGUUGAGCUCGGCGUCGAGCCAGAAGAUAUCGUGCCACUCUGCUUCGAGAAGUCCAUGUGGAUGAUUGUCGCUAUGCUCGCGGUGCUCAAGGCAGGCGGCGCAUUUGCACCCCUAGACCCAGAACAUCCACACAGCCGCCACGAGGAGAUCUUUAAGCAGACAAGGGCUGAGGUGGUGCUUACGUCGGCGCAGUACUCUACCCUAUGGGCAGGCUCAGCCCGCACUGUUGUCGUAGUCAGUGAAACGUCAAUCCAGCACCUUCCAAACACAAAUCUUUCAACGCAUUCUGGGGUACAGCCAAGCAAUACCGCGUACGUUAUCUUCACUUCAGGGAGCACUGGAGUGCCGAAGGGAGUUUUGCUAGAACACAGGGCGGCCUCUACAGGCUGUCUAGGCCAUGGCAGAGUACUCGGGUUCGCCCCUCACACCCGAGUCCUACAGUUCGCCUCCUAUGCCUUCGAUGCUUGCAUUGACGAGAUACUCACUGUACUCCUUUAUGGUGGCUGCGCAUGUGUGCCGUCUCAUAGCGAUAUGCGCGAUAAUCUAGCCCAAGCUAUCAAGGAUAUGGACGUGAACUGGGCAUUUCUUACUCCGUCCGUCGCCCGAUUGCUUGAUCCUGUCAUGACCUCUUCGCUCAAGACGUUGGUUCUUGGAGGCGAGCAUGUUAGCUCUGCCGAUUGGGAGAGAUGGGGAGGGAACGUUCGAAUGAUAAACGGCUAUGGGCCAGCGGAGUGCUGCGUCUGCUGUUGCACAUUCUCAGAUGUUCAAGGCUUUGAAUCUGGGAAGAUCGGCAAGCCGGUAGCUUCCGUCAGCUGGGUGGUGGACCCCAAGAACCACGACAAGCUGGCACCUCUGGGAUCAAUCGGCGAGCUUCUCAUUGAAGGACCAAUCCUCGCGCGCGGCUACCUCAACGACCGCAAAAAGACGAAGUCAGCAUUCAUCAACGAUCCCGUCUGGUUGCUAGAAGGCGGGGGAGGCCGUCCCGGACGUCGAGGAAGAAUGUACAAGACUGGUGACCUAGUCUACUAUGGGCCUGAUGGCAACUUAGUCUACGCAGGCCGCAAAGACGACCAAGUCAAAGUGCGAGGCCAGCGAGUUGAGCUCGGUGAGAUUGAGCAUCACGUGCGGGAGUGCAUCCCUGAAGCACGCCAGAUUGCCGUGGAGGUGAUCUUGCCAGCGGGAGAGAAAAAAAAUGCCACACUAGCGGUCUUCCUGCAACUAGAUGAAGAGAAACGCGAUACACUACAAUCACGCAACGGAAUGGAUAACAGGUCCUCAGUGCAGAUGGUCAUCCUGACCGGAGUGGACAAGAAGUUAGCCGACUCUCUCCCCAGCCAUAUGAUACCUGACGUAUACUUUGCGCUGUCGCCGCUCCCCAUGACAGUUUCCGGCAAGAUAGAUAGGAAGCGACUACGCGAGAUUGGGGCCUCUUUCUCGGCCCAGCAGCUGGCUGACAUGCGGACGUCAAGCCAGGGCCUAAAGCGGCAGCCAUCGACAGAAGCCGAGCAGACGAUGCAGCAGCUGUGGGCGCAUGUGUUAAACAUUAAGCCUGAGACCAUCGGUAUGGACGACAGCUUCUUCCGCCUAGGCGGCGACUCUAUUACAGCUAUGCAGCUGUCUGCAAGUGCUCGCUUACUUCAAAUCCAUCUCUCAACGCGCGACAUCUUUCGCAGGAAGACCAUUGCUGAACUUGCCCGCUAUGCUGCAUCAUCUAAGCCUGUUCAGCUCGCGCGCACUGCAGAAGAUCCAGUCAACACACCGUUUGGCCUGGCCCCGAUCCAAGAGCUGUACCUCCGGCUUGAACCUACUGGUAGAGCCAGUUUUGACCAGUCUGUCUUCUUAGAACUUCGUACUCAAGUGUCAUUGAAGUUGCUCUAUUCUGCCCUUAGGGUCCUUGUCCAGCGCCACUCUAUGCUAAGGGCUCGAUUCAGCAAAGCAGUUGGAGGCAGAUGGCAGCAGCAUGUCUCUGAUUCUACUGACGCUUCCUUCACCUUGCAACAUGUGCGGCCUAGGGACACUGCAGACAUCACACAGGCUAUACUCCAAAGUCGCAGCCGCUUAAACAUCAAGAGUGGACCAGUUAUAACAGUAAUCUUGUUUGACAUUGGAAAUCGCCAGUCGUUGUUCAUGGGUGUUCAUCACUUAGUGAUUGACCUCGUGUCAUGGCGGGUCCUUCUUGAAGAGCUAGAAUACUUACUCCUGGGCCGAACACUAUCCCCUGCAUCCUCAAUGCCCUUCCAAACCUGGCGCGCCAUCCAGACUGAGUACGCUAGUAGGGAUGCAGAUCACAGAAAUGGGAUACAAGAGAAGAUAGACGUCGGCCAACUAUCAUACUGGGGCGUAGCACCCAGCACUACAUCGCACACCCCUACAAUUACCGAGCGUUUUGUGCUUGAUAGCGAGACAACAUCCGCUCUUCUUGGAAGCUGCAACAAUAAGCUCCGAACACGCCCUCUUGAGCUUAUGAUCGCAGCCCUAAUUCAUUCAUUUGCGGCUGCCUUCCCUGAUCGAAACCCUCCUCCAAUCUUCAAUGAGACUCAUGGGCGUGAGCCAUGGGACGACAGCAUUGACCUUUCGCGAACUGUGGGAUGGUUUACAAGUAUGUUCCCUGUCCAGUUAUCAACUGGCGCGCGCAGCAGCUUGCUUGAUGUCAUCUGUGCAACAAAGGAUUGCAUGCGAAGCUUUAAGCGCAGUGGCCAGUCAUAUUUUGCAUCCCACUUUGUCAACGAAGGCACCAUUCGUGAUUUCAUAUCUAUUUUCCCUGUGGAAAUGGUGUUUAAUUAUCAAGGCGUGUACCAGCAGCUUGAGCGCGAUGAAUCUUUGUUCAAGAAUGUGCCUAUUCCGGAAGGCUGCGACCCAGCAUCAGCGGCUGAAGCCGCCAGGUUCUCCUUGUUUACAGUUUCUGUGAUCAUAGGAAACGGCUGCGCACAUGUAAGUGUUGCACACAGUGGUAUCACGAAGCAUCAAACGCAAAUUCAAGACUGGGUUCAGCUGUACAAGACCACCUUGCUGGAGCUGCCCAACCUUCUCCACUGCACAAGCACCGAGUGGACGCAGAACGAUCUUUCGUUGGAAUUCCCCUCCCUCACAGGCCUUGACCACUUCAGA